AUGUACAUUCCCAACACACGCUGGACCUGGGCUUUCAUGCUCACGGCCAUUUGCCAGGUCGGCAUCGCCCUCGCCCUAGAGUCGUACGUCUUCAGCAAAUUCCAGAAUGAGAUCCAUUUCGCUGCCGAGGGUGCUGGCGCCAACGAAGCCCGCACCAUUCCCACUUUCCUCGCCGUCUUCAUGUUCGGCUACAUCUAUCAAUUGUUCCUCACAUGGGAUGCCCUGCGUAUGAAGAACACCAUUCAGGUUAUCGGUCUCGUUCUGUACAAUAUCGGCAUUCUCGUAUAUGCCGCUAUCCAAUUCGACCAGAUCAAAGACGCUGCCGACGACCUCAACACACGCCGCUUCAUUCCCAAGGAUUUCUGGGAAGACGUCAAGCCUAUGCUCAUCGCACUACCCGUUCUGAUGGCUGUCGCUACCAUCAUUUUUGCUUUUGAGGCUUGGAAGUUGUACGAUGAGUUUGCUUGGACUAUCUACAAGCGCAUCAGUGCCGACACUAGACUGAAGAGGCGCUAUCUAACCUACCAGAUUUACAUCGCCCUCUUGAAGUUUGACUUCUUCUUCUUCCUGGCCUUCACCGUGCAGUUUUUGGUCGUCGUCAAAAACACAAAGACGGUCGAACUUAUCCUCACCGCUGCCGCCCUCGUCAUCACCUUUUUCCUUUUGUUCCUUGCCGCAUGGUGGGUCCGUCGCGAGUCCGUUGCCGGUAUGAUCGGCAUCAUCGUCGUCUACUUCAUCGCCCUAGGCUACUUCUUGUUCAAGCUGAUUCGAAUGUGGGUUGCCGAUGCCAACCGCCAGGAGGACUACAAGCCAGCCCGCAAGUCGCUGACCGCCUUCGCCAUCCUCACAAUCCUCCUACUCAUCAUCACCAUCGUUACAGCAUGCUUGUGCACGCACAACUUCAACAAGGGCCUGAAGCCCCAUGUCAACGACAAGAUUGUGCAGAGCGACAAGACAUACAACACAGAGAUGCCAUCAUUGAGCGGACCUGCGCCAUCACAACGGAUGGAAAUCGACUAG